GGGAAGAGUGAUGCGAUCACUGCUGUGAAGCUGCUCAGCUGUUUUGAUGAUCUUGUUGCCGUGGGAACAGCCUCAGGUCGAGUUGCAGUCUUCCAGCUGGUUUCUCCACUUCCUGGUCGAAACAAGCAGUUGAGGCGUCUGGACGUGGUGGGCCUCCAUAAAGGCUCCGUGACGGCGUUGGCGUGGAGCGCCAACGGGACAAAGCUCUUCUCUGGAGACGAUAAAGGACGAGUGGUGUUCUCCUCCCUCGACCUGGACCAGGGAGUGUGUAAGCCUGUGCUGCUACUGGAGGAAUUGUCUGCUGUGGUCCAGAUGGAGUACCGUCACCAGGUUUUACUGAUCUCCACCCUGCACCGAUCUCUGCUCUACUGCACCCAGACCCAGGAAGUCCUGCAGCUGGGCACCAAGCCACGCAAGAGCAGCGGGCGGUUCGGCGCCUGCUUCCUGCCGGCUCUGUGUAAACAGAGCGACCUGCAGGUGUUUGUUGCUCGACCUGGACUCAGACUCUGGAGGUCUGACGUCAGAGGACAGGUGGAGGAGACCCGGCUCCUUAAACCGCUCUUCAACACACAGGUUCCUGAGUUCCAGCUGUUCCCCCGUGCCGGUGUAACCGGUCUAACCGGAGCGUACCGACCCACCGACAGACAGCUGGGUCUGAUCAGCUGUUUCCUCCGAGACGGAUGGAUCCUCAGCUGGAACGAGUACAGCGUCUAUGUCCUGGACUCUGUCAACCAGUCCUUUUUAAGGUCGUUGGAAAGCAGUGGAGACAUUGUGUCAGUGUCAUGUUGUGACAACGAGAUCUUCAUCCUGAAAGGAGACCGAGACGUCAUCCGUCUGUCCACCAGCCCCGAGGGACUGGCCCCCACUGUGAUGUCGGACGUCUCUAUCCGUCUGUUUUCGCCGCUGGCCACACCCACUGUCCUUCCACCAACCGGAUCAGUGGAAACGGCCCAGCCAAUCAGAACCAUGGCUAUCAUCGUGGAGGGGGGGGGCGAGAGAGGGAGGGGGAGUGGGGAGAGGCGGAGCAAGGACGGAGACAAAGAGACAGAGGAUGGAGUGGAGGAGGCCGAGGAGCAGCUGGAGCUGAUGGAGCAGCCGUCUCGCAGCCGCAGCAGUUCUGUCUCUUCCUGGGACAGUCUCCAUAGCAACGCGACUUCCUGCGAGCUGAGACGCUACAGCGCCCCCCUGAGUCCUGGGGGGGAGAUGCAGGAACUGGUGGUGAAGGCCAUCAGGGUGAAGAAGAGGAGGAGGAGACAAGACAGCAGCAGUCGUCUCUCUGAGAGCAGCUGCUCUGACUCCAUGUUUGUAGUCCAGGACGGCAGCUGCAGUGACGGAGGAACUCCUCUGAGUGACCGAGGGUCCCUCGUCAGUCAGGACCUUCAGAGCUCUGCAGAACCGAUCCAGGACCCAGUGUCUGGGUCCCUCAUCAGUCAAGACCACCAGAACUCUGCAGAACCGAGUCAGGACCCAGCGAGGGACAAGCAUUCUGGCCCCCUCCCCCCUCCAGGCUCCCUGCCCCUCCAGGUUCUGCAGACCCAGCGUGAUCCAGGCCUGGAGGCGGAGGCCGUCCCCCCAACUCCAGAUGUGGAUCUGCUGCUGGAGUGCAGCUUCUCCUACCUGCACAACAAAGAGGAGCCAAUGGUGGAGCAGCAGGAGGUCCCGCGGCCUUUGAUUGGACCAGAGCACGAGCUUCUGAGGCCUUUGAUCGGACCAGAGGAGGAGAGCGGUGGGGUGCUGCACCCCGCUGGGCUGGCGGACCAGAUGUCUCCCUCCACUGUGUCCGGACUGGACAGGAAACCGAGCGACUCCAGUGAUGAGGACGGAGACAUCUACGCUCACACUCUGCCCCCGGAACGCCUCCACUCUCCGUCCAAUCACACGCCAGACACACACACGGACCAGGAUGUUCAGGGGAAACAUACACCUGACCAGUUGUCAGAGAGCUGGAUGCGAUUCUCAGGACCAGGAUGUGGAGUCCUGAGCCUACAGGUGACCGACAGACAUGUGUGGUGUCUGGACUUUAAAGGAGGACUGUUCUGCAGCUCUCUGCCGGAGACGGGACUCAACUGGCAGCGCUUUGAAGACAAUGUCCACCAGGUGGCCCUGUCCCCCUCAGGUAAUCUGCUGUGGAAGGUGGAGCAGAAGAGCAUGACGGCGUUUGCGUGUGCUAAGGUUUCUGGGAAGGGGAAACGUCACUGGUACAAAGCUGUGGAGCAGACGGCGUUCGUGGCUCUGAGCGACGACUCGGCCUGGAUCAUCCGCACCAACGGAGACCUCUACCUGCAGACAGGUCUGAGCGUGGAGCGUCCCUGUGCUCGCUCUGUGAAGGUGGACUCUCCGUGUGUCUUCAGCCAGGUGUGUGUGAGCGGCGGCGUCGUCUGGGCUCUGAGCGAACACAGAGCUCUGUUCUACAGGGAGGGGCUCAACAGCUUCUGCAGAGAGGGAGAGGGCUGGAAGUACGACACCGUCAGCGAGGCCCAGGGUCUGGACCUGGUGUGCGUCGGCCUGGCAGCGGAAGGAACCGGCUGGGCGCUGGACGCCAGCGGCAGCCUCUGGUUCAGGACCGGCGUCUGUCCGUCUCGACCGCAGGGGGACGACGACCACUGGUGGCAGAUCAGUAUUUCGGACUACGUGGUCUUCGACCAGGGCAGUCUGUUCCAGACCCUGCUGCAGGCCACGCAGAGCGUUGCCACAGUAACCAGGGCCCCGGUGGAGCGCGUGGUGGCCUUCCUGUCCCAGCACACGCAGUGCCAGCCCAGUCUGGUCAGCGCCAACAGCAGCGGGGUCUGGGUCGCCUCGGGUCGGAACCAGCUGCACCUGGCCCGCGGCAGCCUAGUCGGAACUUUCUGGCAGAACGUCGUUCCCAGAGGAACCGUCUCGGCCACGAGGUGGACCUUCAUCACGUCUUCAGCUGUGCCGCACAGAGAAGGUGCGUUCCUGUGGUUGGCUCAGAGCAGGAAGGAUCUGUUCUGUGUCUGGGAUCAGGACGGUGAGCUCCGCCCCUCCUCCAUCCCUCUACCAGUGGAGAUGGAGCUGACCCAGCUGUCUGCAUGCCGGGACGCUCUGUGGGGUUUAGACACUCACGGCCGAGUCAGCAUCCGGACGCUGUCUCCGUCCUGUCCCUUUGGACUCCACUGGACCCCCCUGGACCUCAGCCAGCUCGGAAGUGUGCGUCUGGUCAGUGCGAGCUGUGGCAGUCAGAACGUCUGGGCCGUGGACGCUCGAGGAAUCGUUUACUUCAGAGUCGGAACCCAGCCUCUGAAUCCCAGCAUGAUGCUGCCGGCCUGGAUCCACAUCGACCCCCCCGAACAGCCAAUGGGAGUGCAGCUGGUGAGCGUUCAGACGAGUCCCAACGACCGUCUCCUCUGGGCGUUGGACAACCGAGGAAGUGUCUUCGUCCGGACCGGACUCAGUGACGAGAUGCCUGUAGGGACAGACUGGGAGCUGGUCCCAGGGUUAGCCGUGAGUCAGCUGGUCCUCAGCUCCCGGACGGUUUGGGUGCGGUGUGCCAACGGAGAAGUGGCUCGGCGUUACGGCGUCUCGGACCGGAACCCUGCCGGGGACUACUGGAAGAAGAUCCCUGGAAACACCAACUGGCUGACUGUGACUGCGGAGGACGAGCUGUGGGCGGUGACUCCGAUUGGCGGGUUGUCCCGUCGCCUGACGAAGCUCCUCCCACAGGCCCCCUGUAGACCCGCCCCAUCUGGCCCCGCCCUCAGUGCGGACGACGGCGACGACGAAUGGGAACUCAUCUGACCCCUGACCUCUACUGGAGAGGCAGUGAUGUCACAGUGACACCACUUACUGGUUACUAACUUCCUCAGGAAGCAGGAAGUGCAGGCCGGUGACAUGACUUCUUCAAGAACCCAGGUGGCUGCAGGGAAACGAAGUGAACUGAGACUGUUUUAUUUCAAACAGGAAGCACUUUACUCUGAAGGGACAAAGAGACUGACUGGUCCGACUGGUCCGACUGGUUCUGACUGGUCCGACUGGUUCUGACUGGUCCGACUGGUUCUGACUGGUUCUGACUGGUCCGACUGGUUCUAACUGGACUGACUAUUCUGACUGGUCUGACUAU